AUGGGUGGCGCAGAAUCGGUGCCUAGAGACAGGCAACAGCAAAGGUCGUCGAGAGCGGACCUUUUGGCGUUGCAGGAGAAGUAUGACAGUUUCCGCAUUACUGAGGAUCGCGAGACCGAUAGCAUGAUUGUCGACCGUAACAUGCAAUACACCGGUGAUGACCCCGUCAGAUCCCGUCAAACUCACGUCUCGGGCGCCAAAACCGAAGCUUUGAUCCACACAAUCCUCCAAGAUCCAAAGAAUCGUCUCGCUCUCUCGGCACUUUCAGCUGCAAACCCAGCAACCGUUCUCGAAAGACCUUCUGCCAUCCUCAGAGAUACACAGACCUUCAAUGUCGCCAUCCCCUUGGAAGGCUCUCCCGUCACAAACCAACGCAGCUCGGGAAGAUGUUGGAUCUUCGCAGCCACAAAUGUGUUGCGUGUUGCCAUUAUGAAGAAAUACAACAUCGAGAAGUUUGAGCUUAGUCAAGCAUAUCUCUUCUUCUGGGAUAAAGUGGAGAAGAGCAAUUUCUUCCUCGAGAGUAUCUUGGAGACUGCAGAUUUACCUGUUGAUGAUCGUCUUGUUGCGACUUUGAUGAGUCAACCUGUCAGUGAUGGUGGGCAAUGGUCGAUGAUACAGAACUUGGUCGAGAAGUAUGGGUUAGUGCCGCAAACACUUUACCCUGACUCGUUCAAUGCUCAGAACUCGGCUACCAUGGAUCAUCUUUUGACGACUAAGCUGAGAGAAGACGCUCUACGCCUCAGGGCGCUCAGAAACUCUGGAUCCAGCACUGCAGCCACUUCGGUCGCGGCAGCCAAGGAGCAAAUGAUGCAAGACAUCAUCAGGAUCCUGACAUUGACACUAGGACAACCUCCAUCGUCGUACACAAAGUUUACCUGGGAGUUCUACGACAAGGCCAAGAAGUUGCAGACUGUUAAGAUGUCGCCCAAGGAGUUUGCUGGUAGUCUGAAUGACAGCCAUGCACGACGUGCGCUUGGUGGCACAGAUGUCCACAGCUUGUUCAGUUUGGUCAACGAUCCUCGCAACGAGUACAACAGGCUCCUAAGUGUGGACUUCCUCUCCAAUAUGUCGGGUGGAAAGUAUGUCGAGUAUGUAAAUGUCGACAAGCCUGUCUGGAAGAAGGCCGCCAUUGAGAUGCUCGAGAAGGGCUUCCCUGUCUUUUUCGGAAGCGACGUUGGCAAGUUCAGCGACUCCAAGUUGGGCAUCAUGGACCCGGAUCUUGUCGACUAUGAGCUCGGCUUCAAUGUCAAGUUGGGCAUGUCCAAGGCCGAGAGACUGAUGACUGGCGAAAGCGCCAUGACACACGCAAUGGUGUUGACUGCGGUGCAUCUUUCACCCUCCGGCGAGCCAAUCCGCUGGCGCGUCGAGAACUCCUGGAGUGAGACUGCUGGAACCAAGGGAUACUUCGUCAUGUCUGACAAGUGGAUGGACGAGUUCUGUUACCAGGUUGUCGUUGACCCUAGCUGUGUCAGUCAAGACGUUAGAGAUAUACUCAAGCAGGAGCCGAAGGUAUUGAACCUGUGGGAUCCUAUGGGUGUUCUCGCAUAG